AUGGGCAAGAUUCCAGGUCUAUUGGUGAUUUCCCGGCUUGGGUUGUACUUUGUCGGUGGGAGGAGGAAAACGACUAAAAGGCUCUUGCGAGCGGCGCUGAACGAUCUGGGUGUGCCAUUUGGCCAGCCCAAAGCAGGCGGAGAGCAGUUCUUCACCGUUGUACCAAUGCUGGACGCAACUCUACAACCUGGAGAGCCUGGUCGUGGGCCAUGUUCAACACCAUUAGCCACGUCUUCCCGUUGGAGCAUCAAAUACUCGAAUGUAAAGCAGUUCUGCCGAAUCAAGUAUCAACUGCGCCCCGUCGGUAUUGAGCUCUUUGAUACAUUCGGCUCUACGUAUUUCCUCCAGUUAGAGACGCUUGUUGAUCGCGAGGAAGUUGUCAAGCUACUCUUUCAAAUGCCGCUGGUCAACAGCAUCUUCUGGAGUCCUGUUCUUCGCACGGGGGCUUUGGCACCAUCGAUCAAGCGAAUACGUCAGGCGGUGACAAAGCGGUGGUUGCGUGGAUCGAUCUCUAACUUUGAGUACCUUAUCCACUUGAACACUUUGGCAGGACGGAGCUUCAAUGACAUCACGCAGUAUCCGGUUUUCCCCUGGGUGAUCGCAGACUACUCGAGCGAGUUUCUAGAUUUGAACGCGCGAGACACUUUUCGAGAUUUAUCCAAACCCAUGGGGGCAAUUGGUGAGACUCGCGCAGCUCAGUUUUGUGAACGAUACGCGGCUUUAAACCAGGACAUGGACGCGGACGGAUCCAUGGAGACACCCGCGUUUCACUAUGGAACUCACUAUUCGUGCUCCGCCUACGUGAUCAACUACCUCAUUCGACUAGAGCCAUUCACAGCUCUAGCGUUGGAAUUACAGGGAGGCGUCUUUGACCAUCCAGAUCGCCUAUUUCGUAGCAUUCCAUCGUCAUGGAUGUCAGCUUCCAGAGAGAAUCUACAGGACGUGCGCGAGCUCAUUCCGGAGUUUUUCUAUCUACCCGAGUUUCUCUACAACGCCAACAACUGCAGGUUCGGCACUACACAGAGCGGAGAGGAAGUGUGCCAUGUGGUUUUGCCUGCUUGGGCACACGGAGAUCCGCGUGAAUUCGUAAGACUGAACCGUCGAGCACUGGAGUCGAAGUAUGUAUCGGAGCAUCUACCCGAAUGGAUUGAUCUUGUGUUUGGAGUCAAACAAACCGGACGAGCAGCAGUGGAUGCCCAAAAUGUUUUCAUGCAUUUUACCUACGAAGGAACUGUGGAUAUUGAGCAGAUCGAAGACCCUGUAAUGCGCGCUGCGACGCUUGCACAGAUCGAAAAUUUCGGUCAGACGCCAUCGCGAAUCUUUUCUAGUCCCCAUCCCCAGCGCAAAGUACCGACGCUGCAACCCUCGACAAAUGUACCGGUAUCGGAUGCUCUGUCAAUACCGGCUAUGAAUCCCUCCGCGGGACACCAAUACGACGGAAUCACACUGAGUGCGAUCGAAACCUACGUUAAAUGGCACACACCUUUGGCACCCGCCCUGGUCGCGAUUGGGAAGGACUACGUUUUCCUCAAGAAGCACUCCGUUGUCGCAGUACAAGUCAAUGGAGCCGCUAUAGGCGAUGUGAGAUUUGCUCACGACAAGAUGCAAUGUCAAGGCGUUGGAUGCACCUUUAUGCCACCGCGGUUCGCGAAGUAUCUGGAUUGGGGGAACAACAGCGGAGUUAUGAAGCUGCGAAUCCAUCAACAAAGCUCCGGCGCUAGUCGAUACCGCGAAGCCAACAAGGUUCUCGCUGUCAUUGAGGGGGCACAUCAGGAUGCUGUCAACUGCGCCGCCAUUUCUGACGACGGGGUAUUACUAGUCACGGGAGGCCAAGACGCAGUUGUGAACCUGAUCGAGUGCUCAAAGGCGGCGGAUGGGCGGCGAGUGUUCAGACAAAUGGCAAAGUUCAUCGGACACACCGACGCUGUACUGUGUGUUGCCAUUAACAAGGAGUUCAACUUAAUUGCAAGCUCGUCUGCAGACCGCAGCGUGUUGCUGUGGGAUCUGCGGACGCGCGCCUUGCUACAGGAGCUGGCUGGCCACUCGGCUACAGUCACCCACGUCUCCAUCAACAGCGCGAAUGGAAACGUGCUAACCGCCACAAACUCCGAAGUACGGCUUUGGAGUAUCAAUGGCGAUCUUCUUGCAGCUUCGAGCUCGUCUGCAUUCGGCCUCCAAGCCAUUACGUGCACAAUAUCAACGCGAUGUGAAGCGUGGCAGAAUGGAGUCGUCGCUGUCACCGGGCACACGAACGGAGCAAUCGCGCUUUGGGGGCUGCGGUACCCGUCGGACAUCGCUCGUCAAAGCAAGGAGAGCCUGGAAGUCGAGCCGGCAGCUUCCUCGACACCACACAACCAGGCUCCCGUUACUCCGGGAAUGUUCUGCAGCUCCCCCAGCAGUUCAAGGCGAAAUGAAGGGGCCAACGCACCCGUAUCGAUUCAAAAUCAAGGAGCGUCGUCAAGCGCACGCAAGCAGGUGGUGCCUUCCUGCCAGCUAUUCAUCCUCAAGCUGCUUCUAGACCAUCGUGCCAAGGUGACGGCCAUCACGCUGGGCCCAGAGCAGCGGCAAUUGUUUUCGGGGGAUGCCGAAGGGAACUGUAUUCGCUGGGUGGACGACAGCAUUAGUACGAACAUCCACUAG